AUGGCCUCACCUCGGCUGCCGCAGCUGGAAGUGCUGUUCCAAGACGAACACCUGGUGGCGGUGUCCAAGCCCGCCGGCCUGCUGGCGCACAGGAGCGCCGUCGACCGGUCGGCGCGCGAGUUCGCGCUCCAGGCCGCCAGGGAUCAGGUCGGCCGCGACGUCUUCUUGGCCCACAGGCUGGACAAGCCCACGUCGGGCGUGCUGCUGCUGGCGCUGUCCAGCGAGGUUGUCAGAGCGCUGUACAACGCCUUCGCGGAGCGAAGGGUGCGCAAGGAGUACCUGGCCGUCGUGAGGGGCCACCUGGGUGGGGAGGGCGCCGUGGACCUGCCCCUGAGGGUCAUCCGCGACAGGAACGUCAAACGUGGCGCGGACAGCGCCGAGCUGCAGGACGCCAGGACGUGCUACAGGAGUCUUGCGCACGCUGAGGUGCCCUAUCCCGCUGGCAGAUACUCCACCGUGCGGCUGACCCUGUUGGAGCUCACCCCCCAGACUGGGCGCCGCCACCAGCUGCGCCGCCACAUGGCCAAAAUCAGCCACCCAAUCAUCGGGGACACGAUGUACGGAGACAACCAGCAGAACAAGGCGGCCAGGGAGAACCUUGGGGCCACGCGGCUGAUGCUGCACGCGCGGCGGCUGGCGCUCCAGCACCCCGUGACGAAUGAGCAGCUGACGAUCACAGCCGGCCUCGAUGAGCAGUUCCGACACGUUUUGAGAGCUGCCGGAUUCGGCGACUGGACUGAAGGGAUGGCCACUGACUCCACAGCUCUGGGCAUGAAUUGUUUCGAAACCACGUCAUCCAAGCGAUGA